GAAGGAGGGCAUGGCGCGGCCGUGAGCGGGCGCCGGCUUGGCCGCCGCCGCCGCCGGCGCCCUCGGUCAGAGGCGUGGAUAGAUAGAGCUGGAGCUGGAGGGGGCUUUUCUGACCGCCGGCACCCGCGGUGCGUACGAGGGCCGCCCUCCCCAGCCCAGAAAUAAGACCGGUCCGUUUGCUCAUAGAAUUGGAGAAUUUCGGAUCCUGUAAGGACCCAUCCCUUUACAAAUAGGGAAACUGAGGUUCCCUGCCCGGUGCAGAGCAGACUGCCUACCUGUGUGAGCCCGGACGCUCUGUGGAUGAAGGUGUCUGAGGUGUGGAAGCCUCAGACAAAGGGCUCGUCGGGCAGCCGGUCCAGCCUCCCUCAGAAUGAAACGCGACUUUGAGGGGGUGAAAUUUCCGUUUCAGAAACUGACGUUCAGGUGUCAGGCGGGAGAAGGGACCCCCCCACCCCCGCAGUGGGGUGGGGUUGCCUCUGCCAGCCCCUGAGUGCCUCUCGGGAUCCUGGCCUGCCUUUGAGGCUCUGGGAGGCAGCAGCUGGACUUGAAAAGACAAAAGGAGCCAUGUCUGACCAUGCCUGCAGGGAUCUCGGACCCAUGCUGGAGGCACUUGUGAGGAGAUGAGUUGGUGAGCAGAGGCCGGGAUGAAGAUGCUGCCAGGAGUAGGUGUGUUUGGGACUGGCAGUUCCGCCCGGGUCCUGGUCCCGCUGCUGAGGGCAGAAGGGUUCACUGUGGAGGCUCUGUGGGGGAAGACUGAGGAGGAGGCAAAGCAGCUGGCCGAGGAGAUGAACAUCACCUUCUACACCAGCCGGACCGACGACGUCUUGCUGCAUCAAGAUGUGGACCUGGUGUGCAUCAACAUCCCGCCACCGCUCACACGGCAGAUAUCCGUGAAGGCACUAGGUAUUGGGAAGAAUGUGGUUUGCGAGAAGGCGGCAACAUCGGUGGACGCCUUCCGGAUGGUGACGGCCUCGCGCUACUACCCGCAGCUGAUGAGCCUGGUGGGGAACGUGCUGCGCUUCCUGCCUGCCUUCGUGCGCAUGAAACAGCUGAUUGCCGAGCACUACGUGGGCGCGGUGAUGAUCUGUGACGCCCGCAUCUACUCGGGCAGCCUGCUCAGCCCCAGCUACGGCUGGAUCUGUGACGAGCUCAUGGGUGGCGGGGGCCUGCACACCAUGGGCACCUACAUCGUGGACCUGCUGACGCACCUGACUGGCCGGAGAGCUGAGAAGGUGCACGGGCUGCUCAAGACCUUCGUGAGGCAGAACGCUGCCAUCCGUGGCAUCCGGCACGUCACCAGUGACGACUUCUGUUUCUUCCAGAUGCUCAUGGGCGGGGGUGUGUGCAGCACGGUGACACUCAACUUCAACAUGCCGGGCGCCUUUGUGCACGAGGUCAUGGUGGUGGGCUCAGCGGGGCGCCUCGUUGCCCGGGGAGCUGACCUCUAUGGGCAGAAGAACUCCGCCACGCAGGAGGAACUGCUCCUCAGGGACUCGCUGUCCGUGGGGGCGGGGCUGCCGGAACAAGGGCCGCAGGACGUCCCACUGCUCUACCUGAAGGGAAUGGUCUACAUGGUACAGGCCUUGCGCCAGUCCUUCCAGGGGCAGGGGGACCGCCGCACCUGGGACCACACGCCUGUCUCCAUGGCCGCCUCGUUUGAGGAUGGGCUGUACAUGCAGAGUGUGGUGGAUGCCAUCAAAAGGUCGAGCCGCUCCGGGGAGUGGGAAACUGUGGAGGUGCUGACCGAGGAGCCUGAUGCCAACCAGAACCUGUGCGAGGCGCUGCAGCGGAAUAACCUAUGAGCCAGCGUGAGGGCUUCCUGCCCCCAGAACUGUGACAGGGAGCGGGGCUGGAGCAGAGACUGUUUCACCGAGUGAGUCAGCUUAGGCCAGGGUUGGGUGAAACCAAAGGGUGGCCCUGGAAAACCACCCUCGCUGGCUGCUUACUCACUCCUCAGACUUGCAGGGUGGCGAGGGCUCGGGCGCCCUGCUCAGGGCUGGCACCGUGUGUGUGGCCUGGAGCCGCCACCAGGCCUCUCUGUGGUUAUCCCAGUGAGUGUAGCCAGCAAGAGCCUGCCUUGUGGGCUCCUCUGCCUGAUUUGUGGUCCUAACAGGCUGAGAAAGUGCAGCAUGGAGCCUGCAGGGCUGCCCCUUGAGGCCUGAGAAGUGACAAGAAGCCUGCGGCCAGGCCCUUCUCAAGCCAGGGCAUCUCGGGCUGGUGAGGGCAACAAGUCACGGCUAGGGAGCCUCCCCCGUGGCCUGGCCCCUCCGCCAGGCCAGGCUUUCCUACCCUGGUGGGAGGGGGGUCUUUAUUAGGUGACCUAGGGAAGAUGGCCUCUGGGCAGAGAAGAGACAAGGCAGAGUCUAGAACAUCCGACAAACGUCAAUAAACCAGAAAAUAUGGCC